AUUCCUACCUCUGGCUGGGGAAUGCUAGGUGACUCACUCUGUUUCUUCCUAUAUAUAGGUGGAUGGAAAGGGGUCCAUCAAAGAGCUCUUCCCAACAGGAAAACAGCUGGAGCCCUUAGUUGCACCUCUGGCAGAUGGAAAAGUGGCUGUGGGCCAGGAUGAUCUCACCGUGGUACUCAAUGAGGAAGGGAUCUGCACACAGAAAUGUGCCCUGAACUGGACGGACAUACCAGUGGCCAUGGAGCACCAGCCUCCCUACAUCAUUGCAGUGUUGCCUCGAUACGUGGAGAUCCGAACAUUUGAACUGAGGCUUCUGGUCCAGAGCAUUGAAUUGCAAAGGCCCCGUUUCAUUACCUCAGGAGGAUCAAACAUUAUCUAUGUGGCCAGCAAUCAUUUUGUUUGGAGACUCAUCCCUGUCCCGAUGGCAACCCAAAUCCAACAACUUCUCCAGGACAAGCAGUUUGAAUUGGCUCUGCAGCUUGCAGAACUGAAAGAUGAUUCCGACAGUGAAAAGCAGCAACAAAUUCAUCACAUCAAGAACUUGUAUGCUUUCAACCUCUUCUGCCAGAAACGUUUUGAUGAGUCCAUGCAGGUCUUUGCUAAACUUGGCACAGAUCCCACCCAUGUGAUGGGUCUGUACCCGGACCUGCUGCCCACAGACUACAGGAAGCAGUUGCAGUAUCCCAACCCACUGCCUGUGCUCUCCGGGGCUGAAUUGGAGAAGGCUCGCUUAGCUCUGAUUGACUACCUGACACAGGUAGGUGUAAUACAGAGUGCGUGAAAGAGUUUGCCUGGG